AAAAAUAUGAAAGUUGGAACUGAACAGAGGCCUUACAAAUGUGAAAUUUGUUUAAAACAGUUUAUUACAACAAGUCAGUUGAAAAGACAUUUGAGAAUGCACACUGAAGACAAACCUUACAAGUGUGAAAUUUGUUUUAAACAAUUUUCUCAACUAGAACAUGUGAAAACACAUAUACGAUCACACACUGGAGAAAAACCAUACAAGUGUCAAACUUGUUUAAAGCAGUUUAUUCAAGCAAGUAAUUUAAAAAAACAUUUAAGACUACACACUGGUGAAGUGUGACGUUUGCCUUAAGCAAUUUGCUGAUAAAAGUAAUUUAAAAUCACAUUCUAGAGUGCACACUGAAGAAAAACCGUACACGUGUAAAACUUGUUUGAAGCAGUUUAUGACUGCAAGUAAUUUUAAAAUACACUCGAGAGGGCACACUGGAGAAAAACCGUACAAAUGUGAAACAUGCUUAAGACAGUUUGCUGAUGGUAGUAGUUUGAAAAUACACUUAAGAGUGCACACUGGCGAAAACCCGUACAAGUGUGAAAUUUGUUUUAAACAAUUUACUAGAACAAGUGAUUUGAAAGUACACUUGAGAGUGCACACUGGAGAAAAGCCGUACAAGUGUGAAACUUGUUUAAGACAAUUUGCUGAUGGUAGGAGUUUAAAAAGACAUUUGAGAGUACACACUGUAGAAACAUCGUACACCUGUAAGACUUGUUUAAAGCAGUUUAAGUGUGCAAGUAAUCUAAAAAUACACUUGAGAGUGCACACUGGAGAAAAACUAUACAAUUGUGAAAUUUGUUUGGCACAAUUUGUUAAUUCUGGUAGUGUAAAAAAACAUUUGAGAGUGCACACUGGAGAAAAACCGUUACAAGUGUGAAACCCUAAAAAAAUAAUUUCAAUGUAAAACGAAACCAAGAGACGUCUUAUAUUUCAGUUCGUUUAGAGAGCGCCAUGGACACCCUUACGGCCAGUUUCACAAUGGGUGGUCAACCCUAGCAGUCAACUGACCUUUACCCAUACUCUAACUCAGGCGUCACCAAAUGGCGGACCACGGUCCGCAUCCCGACCGUAGCGUUGUUUUGUGCGGAACGUCAUUAAAUUCAGAAUAUAGUGUUUGGGCAUUUUGAAAAUAUUUGGUAAUGAAAUUGUGUAGGUACUAUGUUAGGCUCAACCGUGUGCUAAGCCGCUUUUUCAAGAAUGAACUUUCUUAAAAAUCGGUACAGAUCUCAGCUAACAGAUGAACAUCUCAACUCUCUAGUGAGAGUCAGGUUGUACUAGCACUAACCUCACUCCAAACGUCAGACAGGCUGUACAAAAUAAAAAAUGUCAU